GGGGGAGAGAGAGAGAGAGAUGAAGGGUUUGGAAGUGCAUGGUGAAGAUCGGCAUGAAGGGGUUGAAAAUGAAGGAAACCCUACUAUCGGGUUUGAUGCUAUGGAGGAAGAGCAAGAUAUCCUUGUUGAAGAUAAGGAGAUCUGGCUUGAGAGAGGGCAAGAAGAUCUGUUACAUGCGAGUGAUGUUUCGAUCUUCUAUGAAGACUUCCCUCCACUCCCAGAUUUUCCUUGCAUGUCUUCUUCUUCCUCUUCUUCAUCCACUCUGGCUCCUGUCAAUGCCAUAACUUCGUCGUCAUCUUCCUCUUGUUCUUCGUCAGCAUCCUCCUCUUCUUCAGCGGCUGCUUGGGCUGUUUUGAAGUCAGAGGCAGAAGAAGAUGUUGAAAAGAAUCAUCAACAUCGUAAUCACUGCUAUCAUCAUAACAAUAAUGAUGAUUUUAACAGUCAAGCGAUGGAUGAUCCGGUGGAUGUUUCUACAGCGGCCUUGUCUUCCACUUGCUCAAUGGAGGUCCCUCAGCCUCCUGAUCAAGCGAUGGAAUUAGGAAUUGAAUGCAUGGACGUGAUGGAGGAUUUCGGAUACAUAGAUCUGCUUGAGAGUAAUGAUUUCUUUGAUCCUUCAUCUAUAUUUCAUCCUGAUGAAGGCAUCUUUGAGGAGUUUCAAAUGGAGCAAAACGAACCACAAGAUCAGCUACAGCUUCAAUAUGAUGAACAAGCUGGAAAUGAAGAGAUUACAAAAGGCAAAAAUGAUCAGGAGGCCGACCACCAAGGAGGAAGAUCAGAUGAUCUGGCCAUGGUGUUUUUAGACUGGCUCAAGAGCAACAAAGAAACUGUUUCAGCUGAUGAUUUGAGGAGAGUCAAACUCAAGAAGACCACUAUAGAGUGUGCUGCUAGGCGUUUAGGUGGUGGUAAAGAAGGCAUGAAACAACUCUUGAAGCUCAUUCUCCAAUGGGUCCAAACGAAUCAUCUACAAAGAAGGCGCAUGAGAGAAUCAUCCUCCAACGUUAAUCUUCUCUAUCCAUACAAUCAAGACCCUCUUCAGAACCAAAACCCUAACCCUAAUUCAAAUCUCAACUGCAAUCCUAUACCAGCUGAUCAUUCAAACCCUUGCUUCACCCAGUCACCUUGGAACGUUGCACCCCCGCCAUAUCUUGCCGCAGAUCCGGCAACGGUCAUGCCAGGUUUUUCUCCCAUGGUUGGAUUUAUGGGUGACCCGUUUUCAAAUGGAUCUUCUAAUAUAAAUGGCCAUCCUUACGGGACUCCACAGGAUUGCAAUCACAUGCUUCAGUCCUAUCAAACAUGGCCUCCCUCACAAUUUCAUUCGGCUUCACACUUCAACUCAUUUGCAGACAAUAAUCUCCAGUCAGCUCAACCCCAGAAUCCUGCUUUUACCGGGUAUGGUAACCAGUACCCAUAUCAGUAUGUUCCGGCUAAUGGUGAUAACAGGUUGACGAGGUUAGGUUCCUCAGCUACAAAAGAGGCAAGGAAGAAGAGAAUGGCUAGGCAGAGAAGGUUUUUGUCUUACCACAGGAAUCAGAAUCAUCACAAUAUCCAGCACCAAAAUCAAGGCGCUGGCGAUCCGCAUGAAAGGCUCUCAGAUGAUCCCAAUGGUGCCCCAACAGGUCAAUCUAAUCCUGGUAGUUGGGUUUACUGGCCCACAGCUGCUGGUGGAGGUUCUGCUUCCACCACUGUGGAUGCACCGGUGGAUCGACCAGCCAUGCAAGCACAGACUAAUAAUCACCGGCAGGCCGCGGCCGAGAGGCGACAGGGAUGGAAACCUGAGAAGAACCUGAGGUUUCUCCUUCAGAAAGUGUUGAAGCAGAGUGAUGUGGGGAGUCUUGGGAGGAUAGUGUUGCCAAAGAAAGAAGCAGAAACACAUCUCCCGGAGCUAGAGGCAAGGGACGGAAUUUCCAUCGCCAUGGAAGAUAUAGGGACUUCUCGUGUUUGGAACAUGCGUUAUAGUUUCAGAUUUUGGCCCAACAACAAAAGCAGGAUGUAUCUCCUCGAAAACACUGGAGAUUUUGUGAGAACAAAUGGACUCCAAGAAGGGGAUUUCAUAGUCAUCUACUCGGAUGUGAAAUGUGGAAAAUAUUUGAUCCGAGGAGUGAAGGUACGGCAACCUGCAGGGCCCAAACCAGAGAACAAGAGGGCAGGAAAAUCGCAAAGAAACUCGCAUGCAAAUUGUCCAGCUGCUGCUAAUAAUGGCUCUGGCUCUCAAAAACAAACAGUAAAGUGAUCAUAGAGACAAGGAAGAUGGCACACUCUCUCUCCUUCAUGCAUGAAAAUGAGUGGACAAAUGGAGGGUGAGAUUUCCAGCUGGGGCAGUUAGUUAAUUUGUUUGAAACCCUAGAUUCUCUAGCUACAAUCACCAUGUAAUCUUUGGUUUCUCAGUCAAAGUAGAGAUUGCAGAUCACAAAUGCCGAGACUAUAAAGGAGGGUUGGCUUGUGGUGCUAUUUACUAGCCAUGAUGUUCUCCAUGUUUAAGGAUAUUAAUUUCAAGCUAGCACAUAUAUUAAAUGUGUGGACCUGUACUAAUGUAUGAUUGUAUUGUUAAUAACCACUUGGUGGGGGUGUCGAUCCCGUAUAUGUUA